UAUUGCACGGCAUGUACAGAAACACCAACGGCUGAUAACUGUUAUGGAAAGUUUGGAUAACGGUAAACCAGUUCGUGAAUCACGUGAUGCCGAUGUACCGACUGUAGUUAGGCAUUUCUAUCACCAUGCAGGAUGGGCACAGUUGAUGGACACUGAAAUGGCUGGAUGGAAACCUGUUGGUGUGAUUGGUGCAAUUGUUCCAUGGAACUUUCCACUCAUGUUACUUACAUGGAAAGUAGGCCCAGCGUUAGCCAUGGGUAACACAGUCGUUCUAAAACCAGCUACGUAUACCAGAUUGACAGCCUUAUUGUUUGCGGAGAUCUGUGCUGAGGCUGGACUUCCACCCGGUGUGUUCAACGUUGUCACUGGAGAUGGAAGAUUUGGAAGUAAAUUAGCUACACAUCCCAGUGUGGAUAAGGUUGCAUUUACUGGGUCAACACAGGUUGGUCAGAUACUGAGAAGAGCCACUGCUGGUUCCGGUAAAAAGAUCUCAUUAGAAUUAGGAGGAAAAUCACCAUUCAUUGUGUUUGAAUCUGCAGACUUGGACAGCGCUGUGGAGGGCGUUGUAGACGCGAUAUGGUUUAAUCAAGGACAGGUGUGUAGUGCCGGAUCUCGACUCCUGGUACAAGAAACAGUAGCUCAGAAGAUGGUUGACAAACUAAAAGAAAGAAUGCGACACCUACGAGUUGGUGAUUCCCUUGAUAAAUGCAUUGAUAUGGGGGCUAUAGUGGAUCCUACACAACGUAAGACAAUUGACGAGUAUGUACAGGGUGCUAAGGCUGAAGGUGCAGAAGUCUUCCAGGCACAUGACUGCUUCCCAACAAAAGGAUGUUUCUAUCCACCAACAUUGAUCACUAAUGUACAGACAUCAUCUACAGUGGUCGUAGAAGAGAUAUUUGGCCCAGUAUUAACUGUGCUUCCAUUCCGUACUGCCAAAGAAGCCAUCGCUAUCGGUAACAAUACUAUAUAUGGCUUAGCAGCGAGUGUCUGGACUGAGAACGUUAGCCUGGCAUUGGAAGUAGCAUUUAAUUUGAAAGCUGGCGCUGUGUGGAUUAAUGGUCAUAAUAUGUUCGAUGCAGCAGCGGGAUUUGGCGGAUAUCGACAAAGUGGAUAUGGAAGAGAUGGGGGUAAAGAGGGUCUAUAUGAGUAUGUUAUGCCAACUUGGAUGGAGAAACCCAAACCUGAGAACGUUGAUGUUAAUUACAAAACGUUUGGUGCAACGCUACCAACACCACCAAGUAACGCUACUGUAGAACAAAAUACAAUAGAAAUUGACGGAGUCAAAAUGCCAUGCAUUGACAGGACUUAUAAACUAUACUAUGGUGGAGGACAGAAGAGACCAGAUGGUCAGUAUUCCAGACCGGUUUUGAGUCCAGCUGGUGAAGUGAUAUCCGUAGUUGCAGAUGGCAACAGAAAAGAUAUUAGGAAUGCUGUAGAGGUGGCACAUGCAGCAGCACCAGGAUGGGGAAAGAGGGCGGCUCAUAACAGAGCUCAAAUUGUUUACUACAUGGCAGAGAAUUUAGAAUUACGACGGGAUGAGUUCGCUACAAAGUUACAACGAAUGACUGGUAGGACAAUGAAAGAUGCGUUAGAAGAGGUGGACUUGUCUAUUCAGAGAUUGUUUCACUGGGGUGCAUAUGCUGAUAAAUAUGGUGGUAGUGUACAGGAAACCACGUUGUAUGGUGCUACAGUACGAGUACAUGAACCAGUGGGUGUCAUAGCGAUCGCAUGUCCCGAUGAAAGCCCGCUUCUUAGUUUUAUUUCAUUAUUUGCACCUGCUGUUAUCCGCGGGAACUGUGUUGUCAUCAUACCCAGUGAUAAAUACCCGCUAGCAGCGCUAGAUUUUUAUCAGUUUGAUUGGAGUCAUCGUGUGGUUAUACUGGAUAUUUUCACUCCUGGUGCCCUCCUGGUAUUCUUCUUCAAAGUUGUUGAUCUUAAGUGA